AUGAGCAAGGUCCUGAAGGGGUUCCAGGAAAACUUCAGCAGGCAGAAUCAGAACAGUAAUGUUGCCAGUGGUUCUUCGCACCAGGCAACCCUUAAUAAUGAGCCCGGGCCUAUGGACGUUGAUGUCCAUCAUGAGUAUCUCGAUGUGGAUAUGGUACCACCUCCAAUGCCCCCUGCGCCUCCACCUAAAUCACCAACACCACCACCACAUCCCCCGACACCACCACCUCCCAUUGAACGGCCCAGAGGACUUCCUCCACGCGUUAUUAGAUUGCCACAGCGCUUCCAAGACGAGGUCCCACCCGAACCUCCUCUAAUUAUACCACCAGUCGUGGAGGAGGAACCACCUCAGCCUCAGGAACCUCCAUCUGUGGAGAGUCUGUAUCGAACACCAAUGAAUGGCUAUGGGAUAUUUCGAGAGUAUACCUAUGGUCCCCCUUCUAUUACUCCUGACGAACAUUUCACACUGUCAUCAGUGUCCGAUUCUCCAAAUAUUGCCAAAGACCCAGCCGACUCUUUGAGAAAGGCGUCAGAGGGAACACCAAUGGCCCUACCUUCGGAUUGGUCCUUGGAUUCUGAGCCAAAAGACGACAAGAGCUUGCUAUUCAAAAAUCGUUCUACUCAACUUAUCAUGUCUUGGUUUUACAACGGCCACGGUACUAAAUCCUACGCUGAUACCGACAAAUUGAUUCACCAAGUCGUACUGGACCCGGAUUUUGACCCCAAGGACUUUGAUUCCUCCUUUUCUACUGCUCGAGAGGCAGCGCGUCUGGACGAAAUCUCCACCCAAAAAAAUUCUACAGAUCCUACUUUGUCAGAAGUGUGUCGACCGGAAGCUGGGUGGAUCAAGGGCAGCUUUUCAAUACCAGUGCCAUGCGACGGUUUCAUAUUCGAUUCGGAAGAGGAGGCUCCUCAAUUUGUUGUUGAAAACGUCAUGUAUCGAAAACCUCUAGAAGUUAUCAAACAGGCCUUUGCAGAAUGCACCUCUGAGACGUAUACGACCAUACCGUACAGAGAAUUUUGGCGUCCCUCACCCGACGAACCACCCGAACGCUUAUUCUCAGAGUCCUACGUGGCGGACAUUUUCAAUGAAGAGUAUGAAAAGAUCAAGUCAGAGCCACGCACAGGUCCCCACAGACACCUGGAGCCCUUUGUCGUUGGUAUCGGGAUUUUUUCAGAUUCUACCCACCUGACCAGUUUUGGCGAUGCUUCUAUAUGGCCGAUCCUUAUGUAUAUCCUCAACCAGUCAAAAUACACCAGAGGGAAACCUAAAGAAUUCGCUGCGCACCAUAUUGCGUAUAUCCCUAAACUCACAGACACUUUUCAAGAUUGGCAUCAGCGACAGUUUGGCAAAGCUGCGACAUCUGAAAUGCUCACCCAUAUGAGACGCGAGGUCAAUACAGGCGUCUGGGGGCUAUUACUUGAUGAGGAUGUCAAACGAGCGUAUGCUGAAGGAGAGGCCGUAGAACUGGCCGACAGAGUAUGUCGAGCUAUGUAUCUCCGUUUUAUUUUUAGUUCAAAUGACUACCCCGAAAAAAUGCUGCAGUCCUGCUGCAAGUGUCGCGGCACUUGCUUGUGUCCACGUUGUUUAAUUCAAACUAUGAAUGUCCCAAAGGUUGGAUCAAAGAUGGAUAUGCGAAACCGGCUCAAGCUAGCUCGCGUUGACAGCGAAACUCGUCAAUUUGACAUCGAAACUGCCCGUAAAGCAUUGUUCUUGGGGAAAAAGGUUAACAGCAAGGCGGUUAAUGGCUUGCUGCAACAGACCUCUGCUUUUCCAACUCGGAACGCUUUUUCCAAGGCUUUAUUUGAAUAUGGCUUCAACUUUUAUCGGAUGUUUACUGUCGACUUCAUGAACGAAGUGGAACUGGGUGUCUGGAAGGCCCUAUUUAGUCACCUACUCCGGAUUCUUUAUACCUCUAGCAACCAGAACGCCAUUGCAACUCUGAACGAAAGAUACCGCCAAGUCUCCCCUUUCGGCCUCACAACUAUCCGACGUUUUGCUAGGAAUGCUUCAGAUAUGAAGAAACUGGCAGCACGGGAUUUUGAAGAUCUCCUUCAGUGCUCUAUACCAGUCUUUGAGGGCUUGUUGCCAGAACCUGCACACAAUAAAAUUAUUCAAAACCUCUUGUUUGAAAUGGCGACAUGGCACGCCCUAGCCAAGCUUCGACUUCACACCGAUACCACUCUGGACGAGUUGGGGAAUUCGUGUACUCGGUUAUGUGAUCUCCUUCGUCAGUUCCAAAAGGAGGUUUGUAGUCAGUACGCCACUCGCGAGCUUCCAUCAGAAACAGCCGCGAGAGGAAGAAGACAGGCAGCCAAGGCCAAAAAGGCAGCGAGUGCGGGUCUGCCAGUACCUCCGACUCAACCCAAUGAACCCAAGACCCGCACGUUCAAUAUGCAAACGUACAAAUUGCAUUCCCUUCCCGAUUACGUCGAUUCCAUUCGCCAAUUUGGCACCACUGACGGCACGAGCACUCAAAUGGGCGAAAGCGAGCACAAGAGAGCGAAACUCUUCUACAAACGGGUCAAGAAAGGUGAUCAUAUUCGAGGUAUCGCCAAACACAUCUACCGAGAACGUGUGGUACACCGCACUAACCGUGUCGAGAUACGCAAGCUGCUGCGUGAGGACAGGGAGUUACUGGAGCCCACUCCUCCUGAUUUACAUUAUCACAUCUCAUCAGACGUGCGUCGAAAGUUAGAUAUACUACCCUGGAUGUCACAAAACCAAAACGAUCCGGCGACAAGGGACUUUAUGCUUCGUCUCAAAACUCACCUUUAUGCCCGCUUAUCAGGGGUAAACGAAUUCAGUGAUAGCAUUGGUACCCAUGAGCAACUCCAAAUCACAAUACUCGGUGACCGAAUUUACGAACAUCAGGUUCUACGCAUCAACUAUACUUCAUAUGAUAUGCGUCGAAUACAAGAUACCUUGAAGCCAAACUCUUCCCGAUGUGACAUCAUGGUACUCGCUAGCAACAAAGGUGCAGAUCAGCAGGUUCAUCCUUAUUGGUAUGCCCGUAUCAUUGGAAUCUACCACGCCAAUGUGGUAAUAUCUACCCCUGAUGAUUACUACCGUGCCUCCAAGCACAAAGUGGAUUUUCUUCAUGUCCGAUGGCUGGGUGUUUGUGAAGAUUGCCAUUACGGUUGGAAAUAUAGAAGGCUUCCACAGUUGGCGUUUGGUGAUAUCAAUGACUCUGCGUCGUUUGGUUUUGUGGACCCAUCCCUCGUACUUCGUGCAACCCAUUUGAUCCCUCGCUUCAUUCUUGGAAAAAUACCGACUCUCGGCCCAUCUGUAGCUUAUAGAAGCAAAGAAAAUAAUGAAGGGGAAGAAUGGGAGAGAAAUUAUGUCAAUUUUUUUGUGGAUCGCGACAUGGUCAUGCUGUACAGAGGGGGUGGAGUUGGCCACGCUAGCACGCGAGCCGCUACCGAUUCUCUUAGGCAAGACCAACGUGCAGACGACAUUGCCUCUCGCAAAAAACGCCGCGAGGCACAUGAAGCUCCCGAUCCUGAUCUGGAACCAGAUGGGGCCUCAGACCAGGAGCAAGACGCUCAGGACCAGGCUGAAGUGGCACCUGAAAACAGCGCCGAUUCUGAUGACAAUGAAGACGACAGCGACCAGCAUACCGAUUCUGAAGAGGAGGAGGAGGAGGAGGAGGAGGAGGAGGAGGAGGAAAGCGACGAGGAUGAGGACCGGGGUGACCUCGAUGAACUCGGGUUCGCUGAAUACUAA